AAUUGGACUCGUUUAUAGGCACCGUGCCGUCGUGAAAAACCCUCGCGAGGUCUCCUGUCUCUUAUCAAUCACGAGGCAGUGUCUUGGGUUGUUCGAAUUCAUCAGCAUCUCAUGCUCCUCUCGAGGCUCUCGCGUCUCGGAGCCCGGAUCACCGGCGAGGCCUGUAGAGGAAAAUUUUCCAACACUCAAAGAGGUUAUUAUGAAGGAACACUCAAUAACUAUUUAUACUAUCUGAGGAACCGCACUCUCUCAACCACAUCUUCUGAUAAUGCUCAAGAAGGGUGUGAGCAGCAGACGGAAAAGAUAUCUGUGACAUUUGUUGACAAGGAUGGGGAGGAAAAGCUUAUCAAGGUCCCAGUUGGAAUGUCAAUGUUAGAAGCUGCUCAUGAAAACGACAUUGAACUUGAAGGUGAUUAUUUCUUCAUGUUGCAUAGAUGAUAAUUUCAAUUAUUU